GAUUUUUCUAGAACCUUCGGGGUGUUCACGCCUUUUUUGGGGGGACUUCUUCCUUUUGACUCCUUUUUUGGUAUGUUGUGGGAGUACUAUUUGCACUGAUUGGUGGUGACCUAAUCGUGUGGUAAUCCCCCAUCCAAUGACAGUCGUUCUCUCUCCUGCUUUUCAACUCGCAUUUUCCCGCGCUUUAGGGACGCCAUUAUUAUUAUCGUUUUUGGUACUCGCAAGUACACUUCUCUCGGGGAUUGCGGUGCGGCUGGUAAGCUGACCUUCGUGGUCAGCGAGCCAUACCAAACCACCCCAAAGUUAUUUUUUUUGCCAUUUUUCGUUAUUCAUUAGUUAUAUUUUUUUUGCGAUGCCUAAAUGUAUUUUUAUGUGUGACGGACCACCCAUCCCAUUCCAAAACUGAUACUGUUGUAAGAUAAUGAACAAUUAAAAAUAAACUUGUGAGCGAGUUAAGCGUUGUAUUUUCUUUUGGUUUUCAUCACUUCAGAAUGUCCGAUAUUAGACCUGUCUCCAUGAUGUAAAUAAUAUGUGAAUUUUGAAUUUCAUUACUUACAAGAAAUGGAACAUCAAGCUGUUCAUUGGAAGAAAAAUACAGCGAUGAAUAGCCAUUGGAAAGUUAUGAUUAAAAUAAAACAUGAAAAUACCUUAGAACAUUUCUUUAAAAGUAACUAAAAUUAUAGAAAAAGUUGUUUUACUUUAUUUCAAGCCUUUUAUUUUAUAAGUACAUCCCAUCUUCUAUGCUUUUGUUAUUGCUUAAAAUUAUAGUAAUAUUGGCGCAAAGGAGCAAAUAUCCUAUAUCUAAGGAGCAAAUAUCCUAAAAAGUAAUGGUAUAUUCGUAUGCAGUUUUUUCCAUUUUAUGUACUGUUAAUUAACUAUUAUCCAAUUACUGUAUAUAAAGUCAAUAGCACUAGUGAUACGUAAACGAGAGAUUUUCAAAAUGGCGACCGAAGUCGUGAUGAAUAACUCAGAAGAAUUGUGGCGAAAUGUGCACUCUUUUAAUUCAGACACUUUAGAAAGCCAAUCACUCGAAGUGGCCAGCAAAGUUGGAUUGGAAUAUGAUGUCGAUACUCGUAAAAGUCUCCUGAGUGCCAUGAUACUUUUUUCCUUGCUUGGAAACUUCUUAGUUUUUUGGUCUUUCUAUCCUUACCGCAAAAGAGGUAUACCAAAAGCAAAGGUAAUGUUUCUGUAUUUAGCAAUAGCAGACUGCUUUGUAGCUUUCUUCACACUAGGUGCUCAACUUUUGUGGGAACAAGACAAAAAGAAAUAUUUUGUUGAUAACAUUAGCUGCAAAUGCAUGAAAUUCAUGCAAACAUACUCAUUAUCAUUGUCCGGAUACAUGCUAGUCACGAUAGCACUAGAUCGUUACAAUGCAAUAAUAAAUGCUCUUACAAGGACAGGUGAUGUUAAAUGGUGGAUAAUAUUUCCAUGGGUGAUUUCUGUAAUCCCAGCAAGUCCAUGUCCCUUUCUUUUCCAUACCCCUGACGGCACGUGCGUGUCAAUAUUCUAUUCCGAAAAACACAAUAUUGAAGCAGAAACUUUACAAUUUUGGAGGCGUGUCUACAUUACACUUGUGGUAAUUAUUGUUUUCGGCAUCCCCACUAUUUUAUUACUGUUUGGAUAUAUUGGAAUUUAUUAUAAACUAAGCAAGCAAUCAGAAGUAUUUACUGGAAUCGAACAAACCUCCACUUCUUUACCAAGAGCUAAGAAGAAAACUUUCACCUUGGCGAUGGUAGUGACAUCUGUGUUUCUUUUUACAAGCAUACCUUAUAUUGUUCAAGAGUUUUACCUUGCUUAUAAGGAUCCAGCUACCAUUGACGCAAAUGCAUAUUUGAUUGCAUGGAGUGGGGUUAUAUCAGCUUUCAACAGUGUAUUAAAUCCGUAUAUUUAUUUGCUUUUCCAAUACACUGAUUGCUGUAUUGGUAGAUCAAUUAGGUCUGUGGCGAGUAUAAUACGAUCUAGAAACUUUGCUCUUCAUAUGCCAGUGUCUUCGUACAGGAAGAAUAUGUCUGUUGUGUCUGUGUCGUCCAAAACCUCGAAAGUCGAUAUGAAUACUGAUUCGAUGUCAAAGACAAUUGAAACUGCUUUAAUUUGUAAUAGCGUUCAAAAAGAUUAUGAGACAUGUGUGUAAAGUCCCUGAAAUGUUAACUUAAAAUGUAACUUGGGACGCGACUUGAUGGAUAUAAGCUCAGAAAAAUUUAUUUUUAUAAGAAAAUGUGUAAAAAUGUGUACAUACGAAUCCAUUAAGAGCUGUGUAUUUAAUUAUUAACAGUAUGAAUGUUAAAGUAGACAUUUGAAAUAUUAUUCCUUCUUCUUGAUAAAGAUGACCAUCUCGAUGGUCAAUAGAAAUCAUUUUAUUCAAAACAUUUCAAUAGACAACUUCAGGCUUCGUGAAAGCUUUUUCGACACUUAUUGACAUUAUUUUCUUUUUUAUUAAAAUAUAAAAUUAUAUAAAUUAUUAAAGAAUAUUUUGUAGCGAUUUUUAAAUAUGCUGACUAAAUUCAAUAAGCAAAGUAAAGUAAUUUCUAAAUUUUAUACUUUCGAUGGUCAGCAUUUAUUAAGUUUUCAGAGAUUAAUCAAUUUCUACUCAGCAAAAAUUUAAUUAACAUGAUUGAUAGAAGAUUGUUUCAAUUUCAAAUGAUUUUGGAAUUAGUUUUUUUACACUUCAUUUUAAACUUUUACUCAUGCUUUGAUUUUAAAAGAUAAAUUUGAAUGUUUUCAGAUCAAAAUUUUAACAGUAGCAAUAUUCGAGGUUACUUAGAAUACUUUUCAAAUUUCGAUAUUUUUAAAAUGAAAAGCAUUUACUUUAGAGAUUAAUUAGUUGUUGUUAAUCUUGGGUUUAUAAUUAUACUUCAUGCUUAUAUUUUGAAGUUUUUGUAAGGCAAUUACAUUGACAAACAAUUUUAAUGAGGUGGCUUAAGUUAGCUUGCAAUACGGGGUAAUUUAAAACGUAGAAAGUAAAAAUUCGAUAAUUAACUUAUGUUAGUUGGUGAUAGGAUAAUAUGUUCAUAAACUACUUAAUUAUGUGCCAACAUGAGAAAUUGAAAAACGUUCUUUUUUAAUUUCUAAUUCCUUUAAUUUAAGUAUUAGUAAAAUUGAGUUUAAGCAUGAAUUUAAGUUAAAAUAAAAAGUAAACACAAAUACGUCACGAUAUUUUUCCUUCUAGAUGUGAAGUCAAACACUGUUUUACACAUAAAGAGUUAAAAAUAGUUAUAUUUUUAAACAAAUGAGCUCGUUUCCUUUUAUGUAUUUUACCUAGCAAAGGUAGUCUAAGUUGUUUCGAUGGCUUAAAUUAUCCUGGUAACUAUUGAUGAUUAUUUCACACAAAUUUAUAUUAAUGAAAAAAGAUUUUUUUUUUAAAAAAUUGC